AUGUCGCCGCCAGAUGCCGCGCACGACUGGAGGGAUGUCGAAGUGAUUGGCGAGCUCAAGGCGUCCAAUAACAACAAAAAGGCGACGCUUCUCCAGAUCGGCCGAUACGUGCGAGAUGUUUUCUCCUGCCAGCCGACACGUCGUCCUGGCGCGUUCGAUAUCCAUGAGAAGCCCAAACGGUUCAUACAGGUGAUCGCCGGUUACGCAAUGAUGGAUGACGAAGAACUGGGGUUGGACACAUUUACAGAGCUGGAUGGCAACAGUCGCUUGAUACACGUUGACCAAGACGGGACUUCAGGCAGGAAGAGGCUGCGGUUGGAGUCGCAGCCUUUCACCCGUCAACAGGCAGUCGUCUGCCGUGGGACGUCUUGCUAUCUCACGAAGCCUCCGGACUUCGAGGAUUGGAGUUAUGUCGUCAAGUUCUCGUGGACGUCCGACAGGCGAAAGCCAGAGGCAGACCUGCUCAGAUUGGCCCGUCAGAGAGGAGUUGAGGGCAUUGCUGAGUUGAUCGGCCAUCGUCGAAUAAUUAGCAUCAAUGAGAUGCGAUCAGCUGGCCGGGCGAUCCACAAGUACGAAACGAAAUCGGAGCUUCUAGGGGCGCUUCGCGAUGCCAUCAAGGCACACAAGUCCCUACACCUCAAAGGCAACAUCCUGCACCGGGACAUUUCCGAGAACAACAUCAUCAUAACCGACCGCAAAACGACUGGCCACAUGGGCAUGCUGAUCGACCUGGACCUUGCCAAGGAGCUGGGCAACGGGCGCAGCGGGGCGCGAUGUCGCACUGGCACGAUGGAGUUCAUGGCUAUCGAGGUGCUGCGUGGGAUCUCACAUACCUACCGACACGAUUUGGAGUCGUUCUUUUAUGUGCUUCUCUGGCUGUUUGGUCGACGUGAUUGGUACACUGGCAGCUUCCGGAAGAUCGCGAGCGCCAAACGAGGGCAUAUGGAUGCGAAUGGAUUUGAAGAUAUCCUGGAGGAGUUUCCACAACCGGAGGACGGGCUCUUUAUCGGGACACCGAAGGAUCCUGAGAUUCUCUAUGGGCCAAUCAUCAAAGCAUUUGACAAGGCUAUUGAUGAUAUCAAGGCGUUGGAAGGAUAG